AUGGCGUCUGUUCCUUUUCACCUUCUUUUCAAUCCGACCAUCUGGCCACCGAGAUCACCUCACUUUGUUUCCAUUUUGCGACCUGCUAGCCGACGUCAUGAAGCCUCGCAGCCCCUACAUCGGAUCGAAGUACCAGCGGAUACACCCAUCCCACCCCCUUCCUUCACCUGCUCUUCCUGGCCAUGUUGGCCUGGCUUGUCCCAUGUGCACGGUCAACAUUUCACUGAUCUACAUACCAGGCGGUGUGGAUACGGUCAAGGUCAAAGUCAGUGUUCCUCCUUCUUCCAAUCGGACCUAUCCACUGGCAAAACUAACCGUGUUCACUUCUUUUUAAUACCAACUUCGUUUCGAUCACCCGUGGUUCCUAUCGACCAGUGCCCAAACAGUGAGCAUUAUUACCGAACCUUCAAGCUGAACCAACUGAACUACGAGCUCGCGCGGAUCAACGCCGGCGAAAAGUAUCCAAUCCCUUACAACGCAUCACUUCAUGGGCCACCCCUCAACAUCAAAGGCGAGUUCGUCGCCGAGCAAGUCAGUCCAAAGAGUGCUUCGCAACGUGCGCAACGCGCCGCCCCGUCACAACUGUGUGCUCGUCCCCGCGAUGGUCCCACCGCCGAGAAGCACAAAAGUGCGGGUCAUACUGGAUGUACGCAAAAGUACUGUAAGGCGUGCUGCCAUGCAUAUGGCACGCCUGGCACAUGCUAUGUUCAUCGCAUGAAGCCUGAGGGAUCCCAGGAUGCCACCCCAGCGCCAUCCCAUCCCUCGACCACCAGCCAUGCUCCUUGGUCGACAGUACCCCAGCCCAAACGAGCCCGUAUAAUCCCGGAGCAGUGCGCGCAGAGUGUGGGCCGAACCGGACACGUGCUGAACAAAGAUGGCGAGCGGGUCCUCUCAAACGCCAGGAAAUGGAAAGAAGACAUGGUUAGAAAGGCGUCCGAGCCUCGUCUUGACCCGAGCAAGGUUGUCAGCUUACAUCUCGUCACUCAGCCCACAACCCCGGUCAUUACGCACCAUUUUCCGACCUGGCCUCUCGUUGCGCUAGACGAAUGCGAGUCCCUUGUGCGUGAGGCGAAAGCGGCUGCUGAUCUCUCUUGGAACGGCCAUAUCCUUGUCUGGGAUGACCAACUUAAAAACUGGCGGGACAUUGCACUCACUCUGCCGCAUCAGUACACCCGCACAGCCAAAAAUCUCGUUCUUUGUCUUCCAAGCCAGCGCCACGACCUAGCCAAAGAAGUUCAAGACGUUCUUGAAAGCUUUGGCCUUGGGAAACCUUCUAUUCCCAAAGCUCCCGUUCAGGAGACGAAGGUUCCCAAAACUGAACCUUGGUCUCCGCCCCGAUCGGCCACCCACGUUGCAGGAUCAUCCCUUGGACCAAUUGAGAUCCUCGAUUCAGAUUUGCCUUUGGAUACGGACAACGCGCCAGAGCUAGACACAACUCCAUCAAAGCGCCCUUUCAUCACACCGUCAGGCGACGCCAGCUCAGACAAUGUGACUCCCGACUCGUUUCGGCACUUGGACCCCGCUUUAACCGGGAACCUGUCAGCCCAGGACCUAGCAGCCGACCAGAAGUCCUUCAACUCCAGCAGUACCGAAGCCCCGGUCCUGAAAGUGUGGCCCGGAGAGGACGCCAUGACGUUCACACUACUCGCAUGGCAUCAUGCGGUCGGAAUGCCUGCAAUCCGUGCGCGUCGUAUACCUUACUGGAUCAAUUUUUUUGGAACCGAGUACGAAUUGGAGGAACAAACGGCUUAUCGCUACGCGCACUUUGUAGACAAAGUCACUUAUCCAAGGUUCAAGGCUUGGCUUGACAGCUGGCCUGAAGAGGGUGAGAAAAAUCGCUACAAUAUCACAGUCAGUGAGGCGCGGCGGAAUUUUCAAGCUGAGUUCAACGCAGUGACUGGUUUGAAACAACCUGAUGAUCCAAGCGCCCUUCGGAAACGCAAAGAGCGAAAGGCCCCUUGGCCAUCGAAGAAACGCAGAACGAAGCAAUGA